AUGAGUUUCUUUGGUACAAUCAUUAACAAGGAGGAGCCUUUCGAGAUUGAGCUCGAGGAUGGCGUCGUCUUCCAUCUUACACAGGCUGUCUUCACAUCAAAGUCAAAGGCCACUAAGAAGGUUUACCUCAUCGCUAAUGUCGUUGAGGAGUACGAGAUGAUGGACGGUCAAGAUGCUCCAGCUGAGCUCGAGCCAGAGAAGAUCACCGUCUGCAUUCUGAACCCAGACAAGGUUGACCAAGUCGCCCUUGAUCUCCACUUUGACAGUGCCGUCAAGGUCAUCUUCACCAUCGAGGGAGAUAUGAACGCUGAGGUAUCACUUUGUGGAUCAAUGAUCUUCCAGGGUGAGGAGGAUGGUGAGGAGUUUGAUCAUGAUCCAGAUUGCUCGGAUGAGGAGUGUGAGUUUGGCUCAUUCUCUGAUGAGGAGGAGAUGGAGGAGGAGAUCCCACAGCUGAAGAAGAACAAUGCUGCCGCUGGCAAGAUUAAGGAGAUCGUCGAGGAUGCUCCAGUCGCCAAGCCACAACAGCCAAAGAAGCAGCCACAGCAGCCAAAGCAGCAGCAACAAAAGCCUGCCGCCGCCGAGCCAAAGAAGCAACCACAACAACCACAACAGAAUGGCAAGAAGGCUGCUCCACAGCAACAACAACAAGUCAAGAGAGAGGGUGGACAACAGCCACAGAAGCAACAAAACAAGAAGGCCAAGACCAACUAA